UUGAAGUUGCUAUGAAUUGUAUGCAAAGUAUUUAAUUUGUUGGUUCUAGGUUUACGAGUUCUUCGAGCCGUUAGCAGAGAGGUCAUUGGAAUAGAGUAACGUUCUAUGUAAAAUCCAAGCUCACGAUUUACCAAGUUGUAUAAUUAUCAAGUCAACUUUUACUACUAUUUUAAAACUGUUAAAAAAUAAGGACUAAAAUCGAUACUUUUAAAAAAACAGGAAUCAAAGUUUUUCUAAUUUUAUGUAAUACUUCAUGCACAAAAACAUAUUAGAAAAAAAUAUAGGCUUCAAAGAACACGUCAGAAAUGUCAAUCCAGUAAUUCAUGGCAAAUGUGUAAAUACUCACAAGUUCGGUGAAGCCCAACGAACUCUCGUUGAUCCUUCUUCUUCGGUUGGUUGGUUUAUUUGCGCAAGCUCCGCUGCUUUCUCCGCCUCCUCUCCUCUGAUCAAUCUCCGGCUAUCUUCCGGUCAAUAUCCGGCAACUCUCCAGUCAACAUCCUCAAAACCUCUGAUCGUUCUUCGGGUAGAGAAAUUGGGAACAAUGAGUCAGGUAUUUGACGGGUACGAGCGACAAUACUGUGAACUAUCAGCGAAUCUUUCGCGGCAAUGCACUGGGGCUUCCUCUCUUGAUGGAGAACAAAAGAAGCAGAAAAUUUCUGAUAUAAAAGCUGGAUUAGAUGAUGCUGAAACAUUGAUUCGGAAAAUGGACCUUGAGGCUAGGAGUUUGCAGCCUAGUAUGAAGACAACUCUUCUUGCCAAGUUAAGGGAAUACAAAACUGAUUUAACCAAUUUGAAGACCGAAGUUAAGAGAGUUACAACAUCUAAUGUCAGUUUCGCUGCUAGAGAUGACUUGUUGGAAUCAGGAAGUGCUGAUACACUGGCGGUAUCAAAUGAUCAAAAGGGAAGACUUCUGAUGUCUACUGAAAGACUUAAUCAGUCUUCUGAUAGAAUAAAGGAUAGCAGAAAAACAAUGCUGGAGACUGAGGAGCUUGGUGUCUCUAUCCUCCAAGAUUUGCAUCUACAGCGACAAUCCCUACUCCAUGCCCAUAAGACACUCAAUGGGGUGGAUGAUAACAUCAGCAAAAGCAAGAAGAUUUUGUCAGCCAUGUCAAGAAGGAUGAGCAGGAACAGAUGGAUUGUAGGCUCCUUAUUGACAGCUAUGGUCGUUGCAGUUAUAAUCAUUUUAUAUUUCAGCAACGGUUCUCAUUAAAAUUUCUUAUUACAUGAAAAAUUCUUUCAUUUGAGAUAAUGACAAUAGUACCAUUACACAUUCCUGUGAUUCAUCAUUAUUCUUUUCGUUUUAUGAUAUCUUCACUAUGCCAAAGAUAAAGAGAACAGAAAUGGCAUAGCAAAUUACUGUCGCU